CUUCAAGGUUUCGUUCGCGGUAUCCAAGGCGUCUGGAGGCGUUUCGACCUCACAAAGCACGGGCGAUUUUUCGUGGAACGAAACCAAGAAACCGGUUGCGUUUCUAUACUACAUUUGGAAUGAAUAUUUGGUAUCAACGUAUUGCUACGUGUCUAAACCACGACCAGCAUGUCGAUAAAGAUUCUUGUUAUAUUGUCGGUCCUAUGUACUACUGUUGUCACACAGGAGACGUUUGUUAACUCCGUCCCCGUUCCUUACCCCCCUCGUCAGGACCUGUACGUGUUCAACUGGACGGUGGAACAUUGGGAGACCAUGUUUCUGUACAACAAGCAGCGAGAGGCGGGAACCCCGGUCAUUAUAGACAGUCUGACGGGAGUCUACAGCAAGCGGGAGUACAAUAGCUCCAGCCAGAGUUGUGAACUGACAGCCAUGUCGGAGGAUGGUGAGACGGACGGCGUCUGUUUGUACCAAUAA